AUGGGACGGGCCGGCCAGCCGCCUGCCGGGCUGGAGAACGCCCCGUGGGAAAUUGCGGGCAGCUUGCUUCGCUCUUCCGCACCCUCCCCGCUCACCGUGUCACCCAACUUGAUACGACACGGCACCUGCCACACACGGCUUCUCUUUCUCAGCUGGACCACACUGGAGGGUAAUGUGGGCUUCAUAUGUCCCCAAUGUAUGAAAUCUCUUGGAUCUGCUGAUGAACUUUUCAAACACUAUGAAGCAGUUCAUGAUGCUGGUAAUGAUUCAAGUCAUGGAGGAGAGGCUAAUAUUGCUUUGAAGCGAGAUGAUAUAACACUACUCAGACAAGAGGUCCAAGACCUACAGGCUUCCCUUAAGGAAGAAAAAUGGUACUCGGAAGAAUUAAAGAAAGAAUUAGAGAAAUAUCAAGGGCUGCAGCAGCAAGAGUCUAAACCUGAUGGAUUGUCGACUGAUUCAUCAGCAGAACUACAAUCUUUGGAACAACAAUUAGAAGAAGCCCAAACAGAAAAUUUUAAUAUUAAGCAAAUGAAAGACUUAUUUGAGCAGAAAGCUGCCCAACUUGCUACUGAAAUUGCAGAUGUAAAGUCAAAAUAUGAUGAAGAAAGGAGUCUUCGUGAAGCUGCCGAACAAAAAGUGACACAUCUGACGGAAGAAUUAAACAAAGAGGCAACUAUAAUUCAAGAUCUGAAGACUGAACUGCUUCAGAGACCUGGUAUAGAAGAUGUUGCUGUGCUGAAGAAAGAAUUAGUCCAAGUUCAAACACUAAUGGAUAACAUGACCUUGGAACGUGAGAAAGAAUCUGAAAAACUAAAAGAUGAGUGCAAAAAGUUACAAGCAGAAUAUGCUAACUCAGAGGCCACAAUAACCCAGCUAAGGAAUGAACUUGCCAAAGGUCCCCAGGAAGUUGCUGUGUAUGUACAGGAACUACAAAAACUUAAAAGUUCAAUUAAUGAAUUAACACAAAAAAAUGAGUUAGAGGAGAAACAUAACGAAGAAUCUGUGAGUAAAAAGAAUAUACAAGCAACCCUUCAUCAAAAAGACCUAGAUUGUCAGCAACUUCAGUCAAGAUUAUCUGCGUCUGAAACCUCACUGCAGAGAAUACAGGCAGAACUAAGUGAAAAAGGAGAAGCCUCUCAGAAGCUCAAAGAAGAAUUAUCCGAAGUAGAGACCAAGUACCAGCAUCUUAAGGCAGAGUUUAAACAGCUACAGCAGCAGAGAGAAGAAAAGGAGCAACAUGGGUUACAACUCCAAAGUGAAAUUAAUCAAUUACAUAGCAAACUUCUGGAGACAGAGCGCCAACUAGGGGAAGCUCAUGGUAGGCUGAAGGAGCAGAGACAGCUUUCAAGUGAAAAGUUGAUGGAUAAAGAGCAACAGGUGGCUGAUUUACAACUGAAACUUUCUCGUUUAGAAGAACAGUUGAAGGAAAAAGUAACAAAUUCCACAGAAUUGCAGCAUCAAUUAGAAAAAACAAAGCAACAACAUCAAGAACAACAAGCUCUUCAGCAAAAUACUACAGCAAAACUGCGAGAAGCUCAGAAUGAUUUGGAACAAGUACUACGUCAAAUUGGUGAUAAGGACCAAAAGAUCCAGAACCUUGAAGCCUUAUUACAGAAGAGUAAAGAAAAUAUUUCGUUAUUGGAAAAAGAAAGAGAAGAUCUUUAUGCAAAAAUUCAGGCUGGUGAAGGAGAGACUGCUGUUCUUAACCAGUUACAAGAAAAAAACCAUACAUUACAAGAACAAGUAACUCAGCUAGCAGAGAAGCUGAAGAAUCAGUCAGAAAGCCAUAAACAAGCCCAGGAGAAUUUGCAUGACCAGGUACAAGAGCAGAAGGCACAUCUUAGAGCUGCGCAAGACCGUGUCCUUUCACUAGAAACCAGUAUCAAUGAAUUAAACAGUCAAUUAAAUGAAAGCAAGGAGAAGGUCUCCCAGCUUGACAUACAGGAGUUAAAUAAGAUCACUACUCAGCUGGAUCAGGUCACCACAAAGUUACAAGACAAGCAAGAGCAUUGCAGUCAGCUGGAAAGUCAUCUUAAGGAAUAUAAAGAGAAACAUCUCUCUUUAGAACAGAAAACUGAAGAGCUAGAAGGUCAAAUUAAGAUUAAAGCCAAAACUGAAUUAUUGCUAUCAGCAGAAGCAGCAAAAACUGCUCAAAGAGCUGAUCUUCAGAAUCAUUUGGACACAGCUCAAAAUGCGUUACAAGAUAAGCAGCAGACUUCUCAUCAGUUGAAGUUGAAACUCAAUUCAAUGCAAGAACAAAUGACGCAGGCCCAGAGUACUUUAAAACAAAAGGAAAAGGAAGAGCAACAACUUCAGGGAAACAUAAAUGAGCUCAAGCAAUUGACUGAACAGAAGAAAAAGCAAAUUGAAGCACUCCAAGGAGAAGUUAAAAUUGCUAUUUCACAGAAGACCAAAAUAUCCAGUACAAAAUUGGAUCUACAGAAAAAAUCUGAGGCCCUUGAAAAUAGCAAGCAAAUGCUUACAAAGCAAGAGCAAGAAAAUGUAAUCCUGAAACAAGAAUUUGAAAAUUUAAGUCAAGAUGCAAAGAUGCAGCAAAAGGAAUUGAAUAACAGAAUUCAAACAACAGUAACAGAACUGCAAAAAGUGAAGAUGGAGAAAGAAACUCUAAUGACAGAGCUUUCUACAGUAAAAGAGAAGUUAUCAAAAGUUUCUGAUUCUUUGAAAAACUCCAAAAGUGAAUUUGAAAAGGAGAAUCAGAAAGGAAAAGCUGUUAUAUUAGAUUUGACAGAGCUUGAGAAUAAACUACAGCAGCAGUCAACACACGCAGCCCAGGAACUUGCAGCAGAGAGAGAGAAAAUAUCAGUGUUACAAAACACCUGUGAAAAAAGUCAGGAAAAUCUAAAACAGCUUCAAUCUGAUUUCUAUGGGAAAGAAUCUGAACUUCUAGCCACGAGACAAGAUCUUAAGUCUGUAGAAGAGAAGCUUUCUCUAGCGCAGGAGGACUUGAUUUCAAACAGAAAUCAAAUCGGAAACCAAAAUAAAUUGAUCCAAGAACUGAAGACUGCCAAGGCUACUUUGGAGCAGGAUUCAGCAAAGAGAGAACAGCAAUUGAAGGAGCAAUGUAAAGCACUACAAGAUAUUCAAAAAGAAAAGGAGAUAACAAAUCUUAAGGAUGCCAAACAGCUUUUGAUUCAGCAGAAAUUAGAACUUCAAGGAAAAGUAGAUUCCCUGAAGGCAACACUAGAACAGGAGAAGAGAAACCAGCAGAUGCUAAAAGAGCAGGUGAAAAAGGAAGAAGAUGAGCUGAAGAAAGAAUUUAUGGAGAAAGAAGCUAAACUGCAUUCUGAAAUAAAAGAAAAAGAAGUAGGAAUGAAGAAGCAUGAAGAAAAUGAGGCCAAACUUACCAUGCAGGUUACAGCAUUAAAUGAAAAUUUAGGCACCGUGAAGAAGGAGUGGCAAUCUAGUCAACGGAGGGUUAGUGAGCUCGAGAAACAAACGGAUGACUUACGGGGUGAAAUUGCGGUGUUAGAAGCAACGGUUCAGAAUAAUCAAGACGAAAGGAGAGCACUACUAGAAAGAUGUCUUAAGGGAGAAGGUGAAAUAGAAAAGCUUCAAACCAAAGUACUAGAAUUACAAAGAAAGCUGGAUAACACAACUGCAGCGGUACAGGAGCUAGGCAGAGAAAAUCAGUCCCUUCAGAUCAAACAUACACAAGCGUUGAAUAGAAAAUGGGCUGAAGACAAUGAAGUACAAAACUGUAUGGCCUGUGGGAAAGGCUUUUCUGUAACAGUGAGACGGCAUCACUGCCGACAGUGUGGAAAUAUCUUCUGUGCUGAGUGUUCAGCCAAAAAUGCCUUAACUCCUUCCUCCAAGAAGCCUGUUCGUGUCUGUGAUGCGUGUUUCAAUGACUUGCAAGGAUAAUGGGCUAUCGCAACUUCAGAGUAAUAUUACACUAACAUUAGAUUUUUAAUAAAUGUACUUAAUAGAGGUCUUGGACUGCUAUUUGAUUUGGACACUGGUUGCAAUACUAGACCAAAUUAGAAUUCGUAUAUUUUGGAAUGUUAUCAAGUAAAACUCUUCUAUUUUUGUGAGACUUGGGCUCAUCUUUCAUUACUUUCUUCCAUUUGGCCCCUGGAAUAGCUUUCAUGCCAAGUUUAGAAUUAGCCAAUGAAAUGUAAAUAAACUUUGGACAGAAAAUAGCAAUGUAUUUUUUUAAAUAUAAUUUCAUUGUUUGCAAAUGAAGAAUACAAUUCCAUAGCUUACUUCUUUCUCCUAAAUUUAAUGUACAAAAAUGUACAUGGAUGAUGUUAUCACUUGUUGCUGUUUUUUGUUGCA